AUGCAGUUCAUCACCAUCGUCCUUGCUACUCUGGCCGCUGUUGCCGCUGCCUCUCCAUAUCCCGAUGCUUUUGAGAAGCGCACCUGCGUUGGUAACUACAAGGUUGCCUGUGAGAAUGGUGGCAUCCCUUGCUGCGACGGAUGGCAGUGUGUUGGUGCCACUGAGUGGAACGCCGGUGUUUGCAUUCCCAAGUACUAG